GAGGGGCGGCGGAGGCCCUCGGGAGGGUCCCGGUGCGAGUCCCCGGGGAUUCGCAGCCUGUAGGGACCACGCAGAGCCCCGGUUGUGGCGGAAAAGCGGCGUGGGGAUCCCGCCUCCAUCCGCUUCCCUCAGCCCCCCGCUGGAUGCCGCUCCCUGCGGGGCCGCGGGCCCGGGGCAGAGGCUGAGGCACGGUGCCAGUGUCGACCCCUCUCGGUGUAUGUGUGGUAACAACAUGUCUGUCCCCCUCCUCGCCGACGCUGUCACCGUGUCAGGGGCAGAGCGGGAGACCGCCGCGGUCAUUUUCCUCCAUGGCCUUGGUGACACGGGGCACAGCUGGGCCGAUGCUCUCUCCUCCAUCCGCCUCCCCUACGUGAAGUACAUCUGCCCUCACGCGCCCCGGAUCCCGGUGACCCUCAACAUGAAGAUGGUCAUGCCCUCCUGGUUUGACCUGAUGGGAUUGACUCCGGAUGCGCCUGAGGAUGAAGCUGGGAUCAAGAAAGCUGCAGAAAACAUUAAAGCAAUCAUUGAGCACGAGAUGAAGAACGGGAUCCCCCCCAACCGCAUCAUCCUGGGGGGCUUCUCACAGGGCGGUGCCUUGUCGCUGUACACGGCUCUCACCUGCCAGCACCAGCUGGCCGGGAUCGUGGCGCUCAGCUGCUGGCUCCCGCUGCACAAGGCCUUCCCACAGGCGGCGAACAACGGCGUCAACAAGGACAUUGCCAUCCUGCAGUGCCACGGGGAGAUGGAUCCCAUGAUCCCCGUGCGCUUCGGGGCCCUCACUGCCGAGAAGCUCAAGUCUGUGGUCACCCCCACCAAGGUGCAGUUCAAAACCUACCCUGGAGUGAUGCACAGUUCCUGUCCUCAGGAGAUGAUGGCGGUCAAGGAGUUCAUCGAGAAGCUGCUGCCCCGGAUCUGAGCCGAGCCCCUCGGGACUGUCGCAGGGGAGGGUGCCGAGGUCACCGCCGCCCGUCUGUCCCUGUGACCCGCCCGCUGCGAACGGAAGCCAUGGCCCCCCCAGCGCACCUCCCGCCACACCCAGCCGUGCCCGCGUCCUCGCCCCGCGUCCCCUCCGGCCGGGGGCGCCCGGCUGUCCCGCUGCUCCCGGAGCCCACUCCGGAGCUGGCUGAGGCGAGCCUGGGAGCGGCCUUUUCCCUCCUGCUCCGGCUCCGAGCGGUUCCCGGGGGAAGGUCACCGUCCCCUCGGCCUCCCGCGGGGCUGGCACGGCGCGGGUGAGGUUUUCCUGUUGGGUUUGGGGUUUUUGUACCAGUAUUAGGGCCGGGACGUGCCCGGCUGCGGUGGGAGGAGCGCGACGGGGCUGGGGCGCCCCUGGGGCUCGGGGCUCUGCCCUCGGUGGCCGCUCUCGGCCUCCGCUCGGGCGGCUCACGGGUUUUCAGUCGGAGCUCAGGAACCCGGGACUCCCCUGCGGACGCCUGCCCUGGGCUGGCACCGCCAAAGGCUGCCCGGGGCCGGAGGGAGGGUCAGUGCAGCUCCCGCACCUCCCGCACGGCCCCGCCUGUCACACACGCACACUCCCCAAAGCCACGGCCCUGGGGCAGCUCUGCUCUCCUGAGAUAAUCACCUCCUUCCUCCUGCUCCUCCUCCUCCUCCUCUUGUUGCUUUUACAAUCUCCAUCCCAGAGGCAUCUCCCCCCUCUCCCAGCCCAGCUCUGCACCCCCGGAGCCCCAAAGCUUCGUUUACACUCACGGAGCCACCGGCCCCGUCUUCAAUGUCCUCUCUUGCUGCUACUUGUCCUUCCCUUUGGACUUGGGCUGCCUCGGGGAGGGGGAGGUCCCUGGAGCCCGGCUUUGGCUCCUGGUGCAGCUGGAAGGAGCAGCUUUGCUCCCAGCCAUCCUCUGAGCCCGGGAGCUGCUGUGCCGCACCCUCUGUGCCCCCGGGGGUCUCCCUGCUCCCCGGGACUGGGGCCUCCUGCCCCCCUCCGUGUACAAUCACCUGUGGCUUGUCCCCUCCCGACUGCUGGCAUCGUGCUGGGGCCCCGAAUGUCUCCUGUGGGGGGGCUCCUGGCUGACCCUCCCCUCCCACAGGGCGCAGGGCAGCGGCUGUGGAGCAGCUCUGCCCUCACCCCCUCUUCCCCUGGGCUGAGCCCCCACCCGGGGCUGAUCCUGGCUUUUAAAACACCCCCACAUUCCCCUGGCCCCAGGGCUGGCCCUGCUCCCCCUGCCCUGCCCCAGGGAGCCGCUGGGUGCCCCGGGGCCAGCGAGGCAGGGGCUGCCCUGGGGGGCUCUGGGGGCUGCCCUGGGGGGGCUCAGCCCCAGCAGUUCUGCCCCAGCCCUGCCCUUCCUGCCCGGGCUGUGCAAAGCAAUAACUGCCCUCUGGAGAGUGCACCGUGGGGCCCACCUGGCUGGGCUCUUGGCUUGGGAUUUUCAUUUUAGCUCCUUUUAGGAAGUGUGAAAGCAGCAGAGCUGCUGCUGGCACCAGGGGCAGCCCUGGGCUCUGCCCCUGCCCUGGGCUCUGC